AUGCGGUUAAGAAGUAGGAAAAGGGAGCGACCGCUCUCAGCGCGAAAUACACAAAGACAAACGACUUUGAAAUCAAAAUUAAGAAAACCACUCAUCCAAGCGAAAAAGACUUGGAGAAAAAUAUUGAAAGCGGACAAUGGUAUCACGAUACCAAGUCCGUGCAUCACUAGGUCACAGAACAAUCUAAAUCUAAAAUCAAAAACACGAGCUAAAAUAGCCAAAAGUAUGGAAAAACCACUGGAACUACCAUUAAAGAAGAACAAGCCGAAAGAAGAGGCUAAGAAACCUAUUUUCCAGACCGUUGUCAGAAACUCCACUAAAGAUAUGGUGACUUCAACAACGAAGCCUAAAACUCAGAACGAUAAAGUCACAACGACCACAAAGACAAAGUUAAAGGACGUUCGUACAACCAAAAGUGCACAGUUAAGACAGAGCUCGUUGAACAGAGAGCUUCGUAAGACAGAAUCUAUAUCGUCAGCACUCAGUUCACCUCGUAAAACCCGUAGAAUGGAUAAACCGGAGAAAUCUGCUUCUUUAAACAACUCACCUAUCCGUAAAGUAAGACAACUAGGGCUGCCAUCGUUGAAACUAAACAAGAUAGCUAUCAGCUCGACCAAUGAGAGCCCCAAGAAGAGAAUUAAACCCAAAGCUCCGAUGGUUCCCGAACAAACCAACGAUUUCAACGAUGACAACGAUAUUACCAUGUACGAACCACAUACAACUACAUUUGACGACUUCCCGAUACCUAAAACAGUAGAAUCAGAUAUCGAUGCUCAAGUCGGUUCAUCGGAAAUCUGCCUCCCAAACGAUUGUCUCAACGACUUGAUAGCUAUCGCUGAAUGUGCACGGAUUAUAAGCAACAAUCUAUCAACCGACGAAGAUAUUAACUUACUAGCAGAUAAAGCGGCAAAAGUCAUGACGACCGACAAAGAUGAAGUCAAGAAAUGUAUGGACAAGAAAAAUAAGCAAAGAUCUAGCGGGGACUUGGAAAUGUACCAGCCGACAUCAACCACUGAUGAUUUGGAUGUGUGCACCGAUUUCUUGAACCAUGGAGAUAAAUAUGUUCAGCAGCCAGACCUGGUGUCUCUAUUGGAGCAAGAGUAUGUCCGUGAUGAGUGUGUUAUAUCAUCGACAAUGGCUAUGGAGAGUCUUGAAGCUCUGUCUGCCCGAGGACCCAGCAGCGGCUUCCUCGCUGAAAUAACACACAGCCUAGCAGACGGAGAGGAUACAUGGAGCUCCACAGAUGUUGUUGUAGAAGAAAACAAUUUGAACUGUCAUGACACCACACCCGGGAUUGAGGAGUCUACGUCAGUUAUAUCAUCAUGCAGCCCGAGACCUAGUUGUGAACAGAUGACAUCAUGGGCGGACGCAUUUGACCCGUAUCUAUUCAUUAAACAGUUGCCACCUUUGGAGACAGUCUCAGCGGGAGGUUUGAGAGCCAGGUGUCCAGCUCUACCUCUCAAGACACGCACCAGUCCAGAUUUUAGUCUGGUGUUGGAUCUAGAUGAGACGUUGGUUCAUUGUUCCCUCCAGGAGUUGCCGGAUGCUAGCUUCCACUUUCCAGUGUUAUUCCAGGAUUGUAGAUAUACGGUGUUUGUCCGCACUCGUCCCCACUUCGCCGAGUUCCUCUCCAAAGUGUCCCGUUUGUAUGAAGUGAUUCUGUUCACCGCUAGCAAGAGAGUGUACGCUGAUAGACUACUCAAUCUACUCGACCCGGCUAGAAGGUGGAUUAAAUAUAGGUUGUUCCGAGAGCACUGUCUACUAGUUAACGGCAACUACGUGAAGGAUCUGUCAAUACUGGGGCGAGAUCUGAGGCGAACGGUCAUCGUGGAUAAUAGCCCACAGGCUUUUGGCUAUCAGCUAGAGAAUGGUAUUCCUAUAGACAGUUGGUUUGUAGACCGCAGUGACAAUGAACUACUCAAACUGCUGCCCUUCCUUGAACAUCUGGCCACGAAAGACGACGUCCGGCCGUACAUCAGAGACAAGUACAAGUUGUUCAGUUACUUGCCACCAGACUAA